AUGCAGCGGGACCACCACGGACGGAGGCGGCGGCUCCAGGCUCGCCAUGGUGCCGCGGGGAUCCCAGGCGGGCAGCAGCGGCUGCCUCUGCGCCCCGACCCCCCCCGGGACACCGCAGCCCCCAGGGCCCGCCCUUCCCGGUACCUCCUGGUGCCCGUGCUCCCCGCAAAAGCGCUUCCCGAGAGCCGGGACCAUCCUGCAGAAGCGCUUCUUCCUCGCCACGAAGUACGCGCACCGACCCGGCUCCGGCUGCGGCGCCGCCAUCUCGCUCCCAGCGCCCCCUGCGCUCGUUGCCCGGGCGCCAUUUUGAGGCUCCUCCUCCGCGGGCGCCGAGCGGCAAAGUCAAAGCGCAAAAUGGCGGCCGAGGGGCUGUUCAACAGGCCGCUGUGCGUGCAAGUGAGGGGUCCGGGCUGCCAGGAGAGGAGAUUAGAUGUUCGAGUGAAUAUUGAGCUACUGUCAAUUUCUAAUCCUGUUCACAGAAAGGAUUUAGCUGUCCGAUUGACUAACGAUGCUGAUCCUUUUUUCCUUUAUAAUCUUGUCAUAUCUGAGGAAGAUUUUCAAAGCUUGAAAUCCCAGCAAGGUCUCUUGGUAGACUUCUCUGCUUUUCCACAAAAAUUUAUAGAUCUGCUUCAACAAUGCAUUCACGAACAGAACAAAGAUAUACCGAGGUUUUUGCUGCAGUUAGUUUCUUCAACAUCUGAUCUAGAUCACACUCCUGUCUCUUUAAAUAUAGUGGAGACCAACCCUUUUAAGCAUCUUACCCAUCUCUCUCUAAAAUUCCUACCGGGAAAUGAUGCAGAAAUAAAGAAAUUUUUAGCCAACUGCUUGAAAUGCCUUAAGGAAGACAAAAUGAUUUUGGAAGAAAAGCUUAAAAAAACUGAAGAGGAUCUUACCAGACAACUGAGCUACACUCAACAGAGCUUGUCAGAGAAGAGCCGAGAACUAGACAAACUGAAAAACGAAUGGACAUCGUACACUGCAGCUCUGACAAACAAACACACGCAGGAGUUGACAAAUGAAAAGGAAAGAACUCUCCAGGCACAAGCUCAGUACCAACAACAGCAUGAACAACAGAAAAAGGAAUUGGAAAGUUUGCAUCAGAAAAGUAUUCAACAGUUGCAGAACAGACUCUCAGAACUUGAGGUUAUCAAUAAAGAUCUAACAGAAAGGAGAUACAAAGGAGACUCCACAGUCAGAGAACUGAAAGCAAAGCUUUCUGGAGUAGAUGAUGAAUGUCAAAGAGCAAAGCAGGAGGUGCUGUCACUGCGGCGGGAGAACACUACUCUGGAUGCUGAAUGUCAUGAAAAAGAGAAACUCAUUAAUCAGUUACAGACUCGGGUUGCUGUCCUGGAACAAGAGAUCAAAGAUAAAGAUCAACUAGUUGUUAGAACCAAAGAAGUAUUAGAUGCAACACAAGAACAAAAGGUGAUACUGGAAGAGAGUACAGAAAAAAAACAAAGUCAUAUUGAAAAACUUGAGACAACAAUUAGGUCACUGUCAUCUGAACUUCUUAAGGCUAAUGAAAUUAUCAAGAAGUUACAAGGAGAUUUGAAAACCUUAAUGAGUAAAUUAAAAUUGAAAAAUACAGUAACGAUUCAACAAGAAAAACUAUUAGCAGAAAAAGAAGAGAGACUUCAAAAAGAGCAGAGAGAAUUGCAGGAGACUGGACAAUCUCUUCGAAUGAAGGAGCAGGAGGUUUGCAAGUUACAAGAACAACUUGAAGCUACAAUACAGAAACUGGAAGAAAGUAAGCAGUUACUGAAAACCAAUGAAAACGUAAUCACAUGGUUAAACAAACAGCUGAAUGAAGUUCAGAUGGCAAAGAAGAUGGAUACUCCUACUGGCAUGCAUGGUGGUGCUAGGACUGCAAUUUCACCUCAUGGCAUGCUUGACCGACCAUCCUUUCCUAGCCUAGGAAUCAAUCAUCCCUUUUCUCCCCUGUAUGCCUUCCAGAAGUUUCCAGAACAAGCACGUAACAAAAAUACCAAUCCGCAAUGUCCAGUACCAAAGAUUCAAUUUAACACUCAGCUUUCAAAAAUGGAUCAACAUUCAGAUGUUCAGACAGUGACUGCUACAACUAGUCAUCCAGCAAAUAAGGAGAAUGGUGAUAAUUUGGGGCUGGAAUCAAAGUAUUUCAAGAAAAAAGAUGACAGCAUUCCUUUACGAGGGCUUAGUCAAAAUACACUAAACUCAGUUUCCUUCCCAGCUUAUUCACUUCUCCACGCAAUGCUGCAUUGCUGGACCAGCGCUAUGAUGCAUGUACUAUCCCCAGAUGACAGCCACCCCUGUUCUAAGGUCUGUGCUUGUGCUACUAUUUCUAGUUUAGCUUCAGUAUGUAUAGCUGAACGUGAAGUUGGUCUGUUUCUCUUGGAAGUAUGUAUAAGCUGCUAUCCAACAGCAGGCUGGUAACUAAAAAUGUUAACUUCUCCCCGUCCUGUUCAAACGUAAGAUAAAAUGAAACUUUAGUGGGCUUGAGAAAAUUAACAAUAAAUUUCACAAUAGAGGAGGCAGAACUGCAGUGCACUAAAGGUUAACUGUCUUUGUUACUGACAUGUUUAUGUAUAGCGUAUCUAUAAUAGUACUGUUCUGUCAGAGCCCUAAGGAAAGAGGCAGACAGCUUAUGCUGCUAAACCUAAGGGAGAAAACCUACAUGCUCAAGGCAGGCUUAUCUAACAAGGUAUGGUGCUGAACAUGUACUCCAGCCUUCUUUAAAACCCUGCUGAAUUAUAACAUACACACUACAUAACUUUGACUAAAGGUGCAAGAGACAUUAACAAUUAUUUAAAAAUUCAUUAAAAUAUUCAACUUUAUUAACAGUAUAUUUACAUAUUUUUUUCCUGCUCUUGGUCAACCAUGGUGAAUGUUCAAAGGUAAAAAAAGCAUUAAGCAGUAACCACAAGAUGAAAACAUUUUAAACCUAUACAAUGCUUUAUACAUAAAUUUAUACAAAGGAACACUUAAAUAAUACAACUGGACACAAAAAUAUACACUCUUAGAGAAAUUCACAUCAGUAAUUGUAUAAAGCUCUCUUCUGUACUAAGGGGUCCUGAAAAUUUAGGACUAAAACAUUAGCUCUGUAAUGUAAAAGGGUUAUUGUGACAGUCCUCAAAGGCCACUAUAUAGCACACUGACAAUAUUCAAGGCUAUCAGCUUAUAUUUCAGUCUGUGUAUUCAAGUUUUGAGGUCCUUCUAUGAUUAUGCAAACAUCAGAAAUAUAGUGGUAUAAUAAAUGGUACUUAUGAAAGCAGAGUUUUAGAGCCAAUAUUAAAAUUUGCAGGCUCAAAACACCCACUUAAAAUUUAAACAAGUAUUUGAUACUAUUGUUUGUUCAAAAAUAGAAAGAGUAAAUGCACUUACAUAAAAAUAACUUUUACUGUUCAGCAAGCGUGCUCAUGUGAUUUUUAUAUUAGUACAAACUUAAAAAACAAACAAAUCCACCAUAUGACUUAUUUUAAAAUAAAUGAUACCGAUUCAUCUUUCCCCUACUCGAGUACAUUUACAUUAAGGCUUUGAAUCAUCUGACCCACGAUUUUACAACAUUAAAAUGAAUGGGUCUACAUGGAUGCUAGUAUGUCUCAUUGAGACUUAGCAUGAAUAGAAUUAAAGCUCACCACCUUAAGGAAACAGAAAGACAUGCUCAUACCUUAACUAUAUUCCUUUUUGUCUCCAAACUAGAACAUAAAGUUUAAUAGUAACAGUAUUUCAUGGCAAGAGACGAGUACUUAAUAUAUUUUUUU